CUCGGGGAGGGGGUGUGCGCGGCUCGUGUCAGUUUCGGAGUCUUCUGCCGCGCACCUUCGCGCCCUGGGACCUGAGCGGAGCUGCCCGCCAAGGCUUUUCCCUCCUCCGCGGGGCGAAAGCUUGUGGGCGCCCCGCAUCUCCCCCAGCCCCGGGGUCUCUCCUGCAUUUCCUCUGUGCUGCUUUGAUCAGGGGGACUUUGGGUUUGUUUGUUUGUUUUCUCCUCUUUCCUCUUUGUUGCUCUAAAACCGGUCUUGCCGAAGCCCCGCACUCCGGAGGGAGUUCGACUUCUCGAGAAAGGCGGCUGCCGCGGACCCACAAGCCGGUGCCCACCCCGCCCGCCUUACCCGCUGCCUGCGUUCGUUCGCCCGAGGAAGCCAGCCGAGAGGUCAUUGAUGCACCCAUUCCAGUGGUGUAACGGGUGUUUCUGCGGCCUGGGACUGGUUAGUACCAACAAGUCCUGCUCAAUGCCACCCAUCAGUUUCCAAGACCUUCCUCUCAACAUCUACAUGGUCAUCUUUGGCACAGGCAUCUUUAUCUUCAUGCUCAGCCUCAUCUUCUGCUGCUAUUUUAUCAGCAAGCUCCGGAACCAGGCACAGAGUGAACGAUACGGAUAUAAGGAGGUGGUGCUUAAAGGUGAUGCUAAGAAGUUACAGUUAUAUGGGCAGACCUGUGCAGUCUGUCUGGAAGACUUCAAGGGGAAGGACGAGCUAGGUGUGCUCCCAUGCCAACAUGCCUUUCACCGGAAAUGUCUGGUGAAGUGGCUGGAAGUACGCUGUGUCUGCCCUAUGUGUAACAAGCCCAUUGCUGGUCCCUCAGAGGCCGCUCAGAGCAUCGGGAUCCUAUUGGAUGAGCUGGUGUGAGUGCUGUCUCUACACCAAGGCCUGCAGAAGACCUCUUGCCUCAUGGAUGCCUGGUCCCUCUGCAUAGCUGCAGUGAACAAGACUGUUGGGUGGUGACGGUCAUGCUCACCUGAAGGGGAGGUAGUGCAGGGCUGGUCUCCCACCAUCAGGGUGAGACUGUCUUGCCCCACCUUUCUGCCUCCUAAGUCUUCUUCCCUGCUACUCAGUACUGAUGGCAUUGCCCUUCAAAACCACUGUAUCCUGGUACUGGACUAUCUACCUGCCUUGUCCCUGCUCUGGGGAAAGAAAGCCACCUCUAUCUGGCCAAGAACUUGGAGUACACCUCUUGAGAGUUCCCCUUGUGAGGACAAGCUGCCCUGACCUAAAAGAGGGGAUGAGAUGGGCUCUGCCCCACCCGUGACCUCCCCUCCCCUCCCCACUCCUUCCGUAAGAAAGUUAGAAGGGAAAGAAGGAAAGAUGGAGGAACCAAGUGCCUCCAGUAGAAGUGAGGGAGGCCGGGUAGGAAAUCAGGAGGAACAGGGACAUAUACAAGGAAAGUCAAUGUUUACAUGGGACCUAUCGAAACAAAGGCUGGCCGGCCGGCCUGCUGACUACGGGGUGAUAGAGGGCAGAUCCCCUCCCCCUGCUAGGAUCUGAGGUGCUUAUCCAUUCCCUGUCUUCCUCAGCUAAUCUCAGAGCUUCCUACUCCAUGUUGGGGUUUGAGAGCCCCCCUAGAGGAAGGGCUUGUUCUACACUCAAGUGGAUACCCAGGAGCAAAAGGGGCCUGGGGAUGGGGGUGUCUGAAGGUUAAGGUAGCAACAGAUACCUUCUUCCCCUUUGUAAAUAGUAUUUUUAUACUGCAUCCUCACCAUCUCAGGCUUUAUACACAUGAUCCCCUGGGUGGAGGGGGUGGGGGUUUUCCGUUCCUCCCUGGAGUGGGUGAGGGUGGGAGAAAGGUAUGUAUUUAAG